AUGGCAGCGCAAUCAGAUAUUGAGGCGAAUCAAGAUACCGUGGGUUUGGUCUCACCAAAAAUCAGAAAUAUAGAGAGAGAGAGAUGGUUACAUGAGUAUCAGGGAAAUGUUGAGGCAACCGGAGAGGAUUACUCUGUUGAACCAGCAGAGAGCAGAAGGCCUUUCCGUGCUCUCCUAGAUGUUGGCCUUCUACGAACGACCACUGGAAAUCGUGUUUUUGGUGCUCUCAAGGGAGCCUUAGAUGGUGGGCUUGAUAUUCCUCACAGUGACAAGAGGUUUGCUGGUUUCAGUAAAGACAGUAAGCAACUUGAUGCUGAGGUUCACCGCAAAUACAUCUAUGGAGGCCAUGUUUCUGCAUACAUGGCGACUCUGAUGGAAGAUGAGCCAGAGAAGUACCAGUCUCACUUUUGGUGGUGUGGUGGCUGUGCCCAGCUCACCAAAUCAACCACAUCACCAUACACAGUGCUCAGUAGAAGCACUGAUGAGAGCUGUAUGAGGACAAGAGCUUUGACUGGGAAAUCAGGACAGCCAAGCCAGGUUGGCAGCACGUAUCGCCCGCACGAACAAUGGGUGAGAAAUGAUCUGGGCAGACCAACGCCGCGUUGAUUGGGCGGCGUGGUC